CCUUCAUUGUUUCUGAAAUUCAACUAUUGAUCGACGGUCUCCAGAAGGUUACUAUUACCUACAAACUUACAAAGGUCCCUCUUAUUGCCCGCUUCCGCAACCAGGAGUGGCACGAGCCUGCGAUUGCCCGAUCUCGUCUCCUUUCUGAUUCCUUUGUUAUCCAGCUUGUUUUCAGCUUCCUUUCCCUCAAUUCCAGUGCACACUGGUCAGCCUUUCCAUCGGACGGGCCUAAAAUUAGCAGGCGGCUGCCCUUCUCCACCUUAUAAUAAUUGUCUUGCGGAGCGAGUGAUCCAUUAUUGGGCCUUAUCUCAUAAUCUCCCUUUCGCCUUGCCUGCCUGUACCCCUAAGUUGGCCGGUUGCGAAUUCGACUGCUGCCUUCACCUACCAAGUCCAUCAUCAAUACUUUCACAAUGCACAAACCAUCUCUGGCUCAAAUAGUACAUCGAGCAACUUUCCCACGUCAGCGCACCAGCGACCCGGCAACAUUUGCCGCCCAUAUCGCGCUUAAUCUGGUCCCGGAGGUCCGCAUCGAGACAUCCACCUUUUAUGGAUCGCUGGACUGCGUGGAGGCCCAAUACCCUGGAUUGGACUACUCCUAUGGCCCGCAUCGCAUGAGGUUAAGCCGUUUCCCAUGGCAUCGCAAAUUAUUCAGAGUCUUUGACGAGCUUGGGCUAUCAGAAAAAGAGAUAGGCUCACUAUGUCGUUGGGAGGGUACCAAGUCCGCGCGACAACGCUACGAAAAGGAGGAAGGUGUGAAGGUCCGUGACACCACCGCUGAUGCGAUCCGACCUGCAUCGCCCUCGCCGCUUCCAUCUGUCAUAAUCCAUGUUGAAGAUGGCCCGGAGCCAAUACGCGAGACAAAGGCUAAAGCUGCGACAUACGAGGAGGCAGAGAUUCCGAAUGGCACUAUGGAUGACCAUGGCGUUGACUGUGACUUACAGUUACAGGAUAGUGAAGAUUCCAGCGACGAGGAGAUGGAGAGCUGUGGGGUGGAACUGAACCAUCGCCUUCUUGCUGCAACCGCCGCGAGAGAACGGGGUGCUAAUGUACCAUUGGAUGAGGACUGGGAGCAGUGGCUUAAGGAAGCGGGAGAGCGUGGCAGUUACACGGACGUUUUAAAUGCGAUCCGUAGAGGCCAGCCGUUGAACUUCCUGUACGACCUUCCGGCCUCGAUACCCCAGACGGGCAGAAAUUCAAUUCAGCAUUCCGUAUCGUUUUCUGAACCGUUGAACAUGCCAACGUCAUCUCGCUUGCUUUCUACGAGCACUGGUAUUCGGCGACCCCCUCAAACACCUGCAAGGGCCGCGCGAUAGGAGGUGUUUUACGAGCUUUCUUCCAUCGGAUUCGGCUAGUAUGACUGUAUAUUCUCGCCUUUUCUCCCGAUAUCUCACCCGUUUUCUUCUUUGGUACGCAUU